AUGCCGCCCCCGUUGCCGCCGCCCACCGUGCUGAUGCCGUCGGAGCGCGCCGUGGUGCUGCUGUCGUGCGCGCUGUCCGCGCUGGGCUCCGGCCUGCUGGUGGCCACGCACGCCCUGUGGCCCGACCUGCGCAGCCCGGCGCGGCGCCUGCUGCUGUGCCUGUCGCUGGCCGACCUGCUGUCGGCCGCCUCCUACUUCUACGGGGCGCUGCGCGACUUCCCGGGCCCGUCGUGGGACUGCGUGCUGCAGGGCGCCCUGUCCACCUUCGCCAACACCAGCUCCUUCUUCUGGACCGUGGCCGUGGCGCUCUACCUCUACCUCAGCAUCGUGCGCCCGGCCGGCGGGGCCCGGGACCGCCGCCUCUUCUGGGCCUUCCACGCCGUCAGUUGGGGGGUCCCGCUGGCCAUCACCGUGGCAGCGGUGGUCCUGCGGAAGAUCGGCUACGAUGCCUCGGACGUGUCUGUGGGCUGGUGCUGGAUCGCCCUGGAUGCUGAGGACCGGCUGCUCUGGAUGCUGCUGGCCGGGAAGCUGUGGGAGCUACUGGCCUACGUGGCGCUGCCUCUGCUCUACCUCCUGGUCCGAAAGCACGUCAGCCGCGCGCGCGAGGCGCUGUCCGAGUACCGGCCGCUCCUGUCGGACGCGCACCGGCUGCAGCGCCACCCGGCCGUGGCCGACACCAAGCUGGUCCUCAUCCCGCUCAUCUUCGUCUGCCUCCGGGUCUGGAGCACCGUGCGCUUCGUGCUGACGCUCUGCGGCUCCCCGGCCGUGCGCACCCCGGUGCUCGUCGUCCUGCACGGCAUCGGAAACACGUUCCAGGGCGGCGCCAACUGCAUCAUGUUCGUGCUCUGCACCCGCGCCGUCCGCACCCGCCUCCUGACCCGCUGCUGCUGCUGCUGCUGCACCGCCCAGACCCCCGCCGAGGUCCCUGCGCCCCCCGGAGCAGGAGGAGCCUCGAGGGCCCGACGGACGCCCCCCGAUGAACCUGAACCGCCCGGCGGCACCUGAUCGGCUCCGCUGGUGCCCAUCGGCCGACCAGGACUGGGCCCCAGGGACUGGAGCGCGCACGCUGCAUCUACCUCCGAGGCCUUUGGGGCGCAGGCACGGGCCCCCCACUUGGGAAUGGGGUACUGCUGUGACUCAGGGA